CGGCAGUACACCUACCUAUCUACCUACGAACACCGAUCGAAGCUGGCCUACUUAUACCUCUGCCCUGCCUCCGGCCCCAUCCCAUGGCGUCUCGUUUCCGUGUAGUCUCCGGUCUCUUCCAGCCUGUGCCACCCAGAGCCCAAUUCGCUGCUAGCAGCAACAGCAAUAGAUUCUCACGCCUCUCUCAACCCUUCAGUAGAACGAUAAUGGCGCCCGUCUCCGUCCCCCCGGGAAAGCACGAAUGGCUCGUGAUCAUCCCCGACAAGCCCGGCACGCAGCAGAAGAGGAUCGAAGUGCGCCAGCAGCACUUCGAAGGACUGAAGACCUUUGUCGAGUCCGGGCAGUAUAAGACUGGAGGCGCCCUCCUGAACAGCAAGCCCGAGACCGACGACCCCACCAAGUUCGACUGGUACGGCAGCACAGUCGUCAUAGUCGCCGAGUCCAAGGAAGAGGUACAGGCGAUUAUCUCCAAGGAUAUCUACGCCGCUACUGGCGUUUGGGAUAUCGAGAAGAUAUGGCCGGCCAAAUUCGCUUUCAGGAACCCUUAGGUUGCGUUGGUAGAAAAAGACAGGAAUAAAUUAAGCUACAUAAAUCUUCUUUUAAAAAGACUAAUGCUACCUUCCGACCUGUAUCCCAUCUACCCGAGUAAACCUGAUGCUCAUAAUGACGCUGUGUUAGUGCCACGCUACAACGCUGUGG